GGAACAUUAGAGAAGUUGGUCUAUUAAUCCCGCAACAUACUUGGGAUAAGACAUAAAUGGAUCAUUAACAUAAGCAAAAUCCACACAGCGGCGCACAUUAGCAUCUUCCGGCAAGUCUUCCUUCUGCGUAGACCAGAGUGCACGUGGCCUGCUAUGAUUCGCUCACGCAAGCAACACCGUACCAUCCUCCGUCGCUUUAUCGCCGCCGGGCCCGCCAUAACCACACCUCAACUCAGCAAGCUCACACUGCAAUAAUAUCCCAUCCCUUGAUUGAUUCCUAGGGUUUUCCGUUUCUCUCCCUCAAUCUGCCCUUCACCCACCGUGACCUUAUCUCCUCCGCGUCGAUGAGUUCGAUCGCCGAUCCCGGCGAGGUCACUCAGGCGUCGCCGCCGCCGAGUUUCGACGACUUUCAGCGCCAGACCUCUCUGAUGACCAGCUGCACUCUCCUCUGGAAAGAGCUCUCCGAUCAUUUCACUUCCCUGGAGCAGGAUCUGUUGAAGAAAUCUGAAGCCCUCAAAUCCAAGCUCCAAACCCUUGACGACCAGACCAAGCAGUCCCUCGAGGUUCUCGAGAAGCGCGAGACGUCAAUCGCCGCUUCCAUCUCCAUCGCUCUCCAGAAAGUGGACGAGAGCAGGAAGGCUGCGCUCGUCCAGGUCGGGAACUCCGCGAAAUCAGGGGACGACGAUGCCUCUGAGCUGCAGCCGGAGGUUGAUAAUUCCGCUGGUCUGCUUCUGAAGCUGAGGUCCUAUUGUGUUCAGAUGGAUUCGAGAAGCUUCUGGAGCUUCGUGAAUCUUCGGAAGAAGGAGCUGGAGUCUCUGAGGGUGGAGAUCCCGAAAGCCUUGGCGGAGUGUGUGGACCCACCGAAGUUCGUUUUGGAAGCCAUAUCUGAGGUGUUUCCAGUGGACAAGCGUGAGCUGAAGAGCGAGAGGUGCAAUGAUUUGGGCUGGGCCUGCGUUCUUCUUCUGGAGUCAUUGAUCCCGGUGAUGAUGGAUCCGGUGCUCGGGCCUGACAGGAUGCUGGUGACGCCCAGCGUGAGGGAGAGGGCGAAUGAAAUUGCAGAGACAUGGAAGAAGAGCUUGGAUGAGAGAGGAGGGAUUGAGAAUGUGAAAACCCCUGAUGUCCAUACUUUCCUGCAACAUCUUGUGACGUUUGGGGUUGUGAAGGGGGAGGAUGUUGAUCUGUACAGAAAGCUUGUUGUUGGGUCUGCUUGGAGGAAACAUAUGCCUAAGCUUGCACUCUCUCUCGGCCUUCGAGAUAAAAUGCCAGAGCUGAUUGAGGAGUUAAUUAGUAGAGGACAACAGGUUGAUGCUGUGCAUUUCACUUAUGAAGUUGGCCUCAUCUACAAGUUUCCUCCGGUUCCUCUUCUUAAAGCAUUUCUUAAGGAUGCCAAAAAAGCUGCAACUGCCAUUCUUGAGGAUCCUAACAAUUCUGGUCGAGCUGCGCAUCUAUCUGCAAAGAAAGAGCUAUCUGCAAUCCGAGCAGUUCUCAAGUGCAUUGAAGAAUACAAGCUUGAAUCUGAAUUCCCACCAGAACAUCUCAAAAAGCGUCUUGAACAGCUGGAGAAGACGAAGACCGAGAAGAAGAAGCCGGCCCCUGCCGCCGCCCCUGCUGCCAAGCGUACGAGGGUCAGUAACACCGGUGGGCCCAUGCCUCCUGCCAAGGCUGGCCGCUCAAGCAAUGCUUACGUUUCAUCUUUCCCGCCAGCCCCAACAUUUGUGAGGUCACCCUCCCACACUCAGUACCCUACAGCGCUCCCAGCUUACCCUGCAUCGCCAAUAUAUGGGCAUGGAAGCUUGAGUCCCUCAUAUUGUUACUCUCCCGAGGUGUCUUCUCCUUAUUCAGGUAGCCCAUACUCACCAUACGGAAGCUAUGGCAAUGGAAUGGCCCCACCACUACCGGCUUACCAGCAAGCAUACUACUGAAGAGAUAUAACAGAUGACUGGCUGAAGAGAUAUGAUGACUGAAACUGAAUUUUCUUCUCUGAAGUGAUAUGUAAUCACUAAUCUCUAAACUGUAGUUCUAUCUGUGUGUUAAUCGUUAAUCUGAACACUUGUCCUUUGCAGGCUGUAGUACCACUGUACUUGUGAUGUUGAUCAAACUUAAUAGUAUUAGGGUGUGUGAAAAUUAAUUUUAGUAAUAUGCUUAACAUAUGCUUUACACAAUUUUUUAGUUUGUUACAUCUUUUGAUGAUUGGCAAGCUUUUGGAAUACGGACCAACAUUUACCCAUCAAGGGAAGAACAAAACUGGACAUGCUUCU